AUGCCUCAAGUAACUGGAUUUUCCGAUAAUGCUUUUCGUACUCGAGAAGAUAUCGCCAAUGCAGCCAUCGCGCUAUUGCGUCCGCUGAAACCGUAUUUCUCACCAGACAAGGCGAGAAUUCGUAUUCCAGUCUCCACAGGAGUUCACUUCGAUGAAGCAGCUGCACAGCUGGAAGGAUUUGCUCGGCCAUUAUGGGCAGUAGCAUCGCUUCUUCAACUGGAGUCAACUUUCAAGGAAGGUUGCUGCGAUCCUAGUCUCACGGCAACCAUCCGAGAAGUGACACAGCCGUGGAUUAUGGGUAUGGUCAGUGGCACAGACCCCGAACAUUCGGAGUACUGGGGUGCAAUAUGCGAUACAGAUCAACGCAUGGUCGAGGCCGAGGUGGUCAGUUUUGCUCUUCUUGCAGCUCCAGAACAGCUCUUUCACAGCCAAGAUGAAAGGACCAGGCGUAAUAUUACCGCCUGGCUUCGGACAAUCAACGGCAAGCAGAUGCCUAGUAACAAUUGGAGAUGGUUUCGAAUCUUUGCCAAUCUUGCGUUGACUCGGGUAUGUGAUAUUCCUAUCUCUGAACUUUCGGACGAGAUGCGGGCAGACUUCGAAGUUCUUGAUUCUUUUUAUCUUGAAGAUGGUUGGUCAGGCGAUGGUCCUUGGCUAUCUACUCAGGAUGAGAUGGAUGAAUUUACUGCCUCAAUUAAGACAAAACGACGAGAUGCGAUUGGAAAGGGUCGCCAGGUUGACUACUACUCUGGUAGCUUUGCAAUCCAAUUUAGCCAGCUGCUCUAUGCAAAAUACGCAGAGGAUAUCGACCCUGAGCGAGUUGCUCGGUACCGACAGCAAGCAAGAGAUUUCGGUGCUUCAUUCUGGCGAUACUUUGACUCGGACGGAGCUGCCAUCCCAUUUGGUCGUUCUCUUACAUAUCGGUUCUCCUGUGGUGCCUUCUUUGCUGCGCUUGCCGUGAGUCCGGUGUCUGACAUGCCAUCGCCAUUGUCAACACCUGGUCAAACCAAGGGGUUUCUAUUGCGCCAUCUUCGUUGGUGGGCAGUUCGAUCUAGUGAUAUCUUCAAUGCAGAUGGAACUUUGAACAUUGGCUGGCUGUACCCAAACAUGUAUAUGUCCGAAGAUUACAACUCUCCCCAGUCACCUUAUUGGAGUUUAAAGACUCUGAUCGCCCUCUCGCUAUCCGAAAGCAACGAAUUUUGGACUGCCAAAGAAGAGCCUUAUCCAUCAUUAUUUUCACCGAAGCUUGUACCUGCUCCCAGGCAAAUCCUCAGCAACCACCCGUCAGCAAAUCACCAUUUCUGUUUAUCGCCUGCACAAUUCAUUGCAUGGCCAAUGAAGGCUACUCAAGCCAAAUACUCUAAAUUUGAAUAUUCGUCCGCAUUCGCCUUUUCGGUUCCCACUGGCCCUUUAAUUCAGCAAAUUGCGCCAGACUGCACAUUAGCGCUUAGUCGUGAUGGUGCUGAAACAUGGGCUGUGAAAUGGAAAUCUUCAGAGCCCAAGUUUUCCACGGCUCGCUUACAGACAGGCGCAAGCUCAUCAGAGAUCACUACUGCGACUGUUCGAUGGUAUCCUUGGGGAGACCAACAGGUCGAAAUCCAUACAACAUUGAUUCCACCCACAGACAGGUGGCCAGACUGGCAUAUCCGAGUCCAUCGCAUACGUAUCAAUUCUCCACUGAACAGUUUACAUACGGUGGAAGGCGGUUUUUCAUCUCUUGGCCGCUGUUCAAAAGAUGGAACAAAGCUCCCAGCCAUACAAAAUGUGGAUCCGAAUAGUGAAGUUGGAGUAAGCGAAGGUAUUUUAGAGACUGAUGACUCCGUUUUGAUUCUAUCAGCCGCGGGUGCCACUGGUAUCUCUGCUGCCAUAACGAGCGGCAUACCCGCAUCUAUACAUACGCAUGCCUCGGUUCUAAAGCCUGAUGCAAACACGAACUUGGCACAUCAGAGGACACUUAUCCCUACCAUUGCACGUGAGGCGAGUCACGAAAUUAAAAUGGGUGAUGAAUUUCUGGUUGUGACGGGCGUGUUUGGUAUUUCGAGUACUGCCAAUUCGGACAGAAGGGUGGAAAGAAGCAUUGCAGAACGGUGGGCUGAUAAGCCUAGAGUGGCGACAUCAGAUCCAUCUAGUUCAAGCUCUAACACGGAUUUCAUCGUUUUGGACUCAUGA